UUUUGUACUACUAAACUCUUAACUUUCAUUAUGCUAUGGAGGUGAUAAAGAUAUGGCAUCUUUAGAAAUAUGACUCAAAGCCACAUCCUGAAAACUACACAAACACUUCCUUCUUCCUUUAAUACAAGGAAGCAUUUAAAGACUGACAUUUUCAGUGAAGUGUGCCUCUGCUCUUCAGUAGCUCAGCUGGACUGUGAUCUCACCAUGUUCAUCAAUUGUAAACUGGUAAUACUGAUACUUGUGAUAAGUCUUGAUGGCCAAGCUCAUACAGCAAAAAUUAUCGGAGGCCAUGAGGCUGUGCCACAUAGCAGGACAUACAUGGCGCUUUUGGAGUGCCACACAAGUAAUGGUGAAAAAAAGUACUGCGGUGGCUUCCUUCUGAAUGAGGACUUCGUGAUCACUGCAGCCCACUGUCAAGCCAAGUCCUAUGUCUUACUAGGACUUCACAAUUUUCAUAACAAAGCCGAAGUACAGGGUAAAUAUGUUGAGAGAUCAUUUCCACAUAAAGACUUCAACGGAACUUGCAAAAAUGACAUAAUGCUUCUUAAGUUGAGCUCCAAGGCACAUUUCAACAAAAACGUGAGACCCAUUGCUCUAGGAGACCACAGUGGUUUGCCAAAAGCAUGUACCGUCUCUGGCUGGGGCAGGGAUAAUACUUCAGACUUGAACUCUGUCGUGCUCAUGGAAGUCAAUGUAAAGCUCAUUGAUCAUAAGCGGUGUGAUGAGGACAAUCUCUACUGCUCUGAGGGAGAAACUGGACCAGCUGAGGGAGACUCUGGCGGUCCAUUGGUCUGUGAAGAUGGAAAGGCAUAUGGGGUGUUUGCUGGUUUCUUUAAAACAAAAUCAGAUCUAAAAACAUAUGUCUAUACUAAGAUACCUGACAUUAAAGAAUGGAUUGAAUCUACCAUGAAAAUUGUAUGAAAACACUCUAAGGCAUUUGAACAUUUGGAUUUAUACUAUCUGUAAAACAUUGCAGAGCUCAAAAGCUGAUAAAUGAGAUGCUAAUAUCACAUGUUAAUGUGACCACUAGACCAAAGUCUGGGCUUGCUUGCUUUAAAAGUAAUUCAUCUAAAUAUUCCUAACUUUGAUGCUAUCAAAUGUUUGUUUGGAAAGUUGAAUGAAAACACUGAAACUAUAUGAAUUUGACUUGGCACAGUAGCACAUCUUGCAGAUGUGACUUUUCCAAGCUAGAGAUAAACAAAUCAUUCAUGAUACACAAAUUAAGUAUGGCAUAAAGUCAUAAAUUAAUGUAUGUCAUCCUGGUCUUAAAUAUAUUAUAUGCAUUAAAC